AUGUCUCAGGUGCAGGCCUCCAUCCCCACGCAACCCCGCGCGAAGCAGCUUCGGGCAUGUCUGCUCUGCUCGAUCAUUCAGACUCCUGCAGACUUCCGCAAACACGGCUGUCCGAAUUGUGAGGAGCUCAUGGGAAUGAAGGGUUACCCUGAUCGCAUACAGUCAUGUACCACCACCCACUUCGAGGGUGUCAUCUCAGUCAUCAACCCUGAGGAUAGCUGGGUGGCCCGAUGGCAGAGGACAUCAAAAUACGUGCGUGGUAUGUACGCCGUUCGCGUCAAGGGGCGUGUUCCGGAGGACGUCGAAACCGAGCUCGAAAACCGCAACAUCAAGUAUCGGCCAAGAGAUGGGACCGACCAGGAUUAG